AGAUGUAAAGUUUGUUAAGUUCUUUUGUUUCGUCCUUUCUUUUGCAUUUUCUCUCUCUAUUUGGGUGGACACUGCACCAUGUAACUGAAUCUUGAAACAGAUAAGGAAACCACAAAGGGAGAGCUCUAAAAUGAGCAGCCCACUGAAUUUGAGCCUCCAAAUCCCCAGAGCUUUGCCUUCUCUCUGCAAUUCUCACAGUGCAAUUCCUUCUCUCUCCAUCCACUCCAAACUAAAGCAACACCACAACUCCAAACCAAACAAGCGUUGCGAAGAACGGGCAACAACCAUUACUGGCAAACUCACAGACUGCUUCAGUCCUAAAAAUUCAUCUUUGGCUAUCCAAGUUGGAGCUCUUUUCUGCACUGUUGUGCAGCCAGUGUUUGCUGUUACCGGAGAAAACAAUAACGACUACGACCUCACAGUUGAUUUGAUACAAUCAGGCAUCGCGGCCUUCAUAUACUUUCUUGUCGCACCUCCCAUAAUUUUGAACUGGCUUAGGAUCAGAUGGUACAGGAGAAAACUAUUGGAGACGUAUGUGCAGUUCAUGCUUGUGUUCAUGUUCUUUCCAGGCCUGCUGCUUUGGGCGCCCUUUCUCAACUUCAGGAAAUUCCCAAGGGAUCCAUCAAUGAAGUAUCCUUGGUCUACACCAGAGGAUCCUAGCAAAAUUCCCAACUCAUACCUCAAAUAUCCAUGGGCUUCCCCCGAAGAUUACGAUUUCGACUAAGUAAGAAGCUCUCAUAUUCAUACCCACGUAAUGUGCGCUUGUGAGCUGCAUGUAUUCUGUACAAUUCAGUUCCUAACUUCCUGAAGAUGUUCACUGCAACAACAUAAAUGUUACCAUUUCGCUAGUCGUAGCAAAUUUUCAGAGAAUGAAACCAUGUAGCAUCGUUUUGACAA